UUAUUUGAGUCACGUAGUAUAACGUUAGACGUCAACUUGGACAGGAAUGGUCAGAUGGCAAGAUGGCUGGUGCCAUAGUACGGUGUCUUAAGAUUCCAAAGAGGCAAUUAGGCCUCUUGGGAUCAUCGUUAACUAAUCAGCAACAACAGAGAUCCUUAGCAGAUGCUGCUCCCGAGGGCAAAAAAGUCGGUGGUCCUUUAGCAGAUGAAGAUCGUAUUUUCACCAAUUUAUAUGGUAGACAUGAUUGGAGAUUAAAGGGUGCAUUAAAGAGGGGUGAUUGGUUUAAGACUAAGGAAAUAUUAGAUAAAGGAGCCGAUUGGAUCAUCAAUGAGAUUAAGGUCUCUGGAUUGAGAGGUAGAGGAGGUGCUGGUUUCCCUUCAGGUAUGAAAUGGUCCUUUAUGAACAAACCGGCUGAUGGGAGGCCAAAGUAUUUAGUUAUCAACGGAGACGAAGGUGAACCAGGAACUUGCAAGGACCGUGAGAUCUUGCGACAUGAUCCACACAAACUUGUAGAAGGAUGUUUAAUUGCUGGUCGUGCUAUGGGUGCUUGUGCUGCAUAUAUUUACAUUCGUGGUGAAUUUUAUAACGAAGCUUCUAAUAUGCAAGUUGCUAUUGCCGAAGCUUAUCAAGCAGGAUUGAUUGGAAAGAAUGCUUGCGGUUCUGGUUAUAAUUUUGAUAUCUUUGUACAACGUGGAGCUGGAGCGUACAUCUGUGGAGAAGAGACAGCUCUUAUUGAGUCUAUCGAAGGGAAACAGGGUAAACCUAGACUAAAACCACCUUUCCCAGCAGACGUCGGUCUCUUUGGAUGUCCAACCACAGUUACCAACGUUGAAACAGUUGCAGUCGCCCCUACAAUCUGCCGACGUGGUGGUGCUUGGUUUGCAUCCUUUGGAAGACCGCGUAAUCAUGGUACCAAAUUGUUCAAUAUUUCUGGUCAUGUUAAUAAUCCAUGCACCGUUGAGGAAGAGAUGUCCAUUCCUUUGAAAGAAUUGAUCGAAAGGCAUGCAGGUGGUGUGAUUGGUGGAUGGGAUAAUUUAUUAGGUGUUAUACCUGGAGGAUCUUCGACUCCGGUCAUUCCAAAAAACGUCUGCGAUACGGUAUUAUUAGACUUUGACGAUCUCAUUCGAGUUCAAAGUGCUUUCGGAACGGCAGCAGUCAUCGUAAUGAACAAACAAACUGAUAUUAUCAAAGCUAUUACUCGUUUGAUUAGCUUUUACAAACACGAAUCUUGCGGUCAAUGUACACCUUGUCGCGAGGGUAUUAGUUGGAUGUAUAAGAUUUUACAGAGGUUUAGGGAGGGAAAUGCUGAAGAACACGAGAUUGAUAUGCUAUGGGAAUUAACUAAACAAAUCGAGUUGCACACAAUUUGUGCUUUAGCUGACGGUGCUGCGUGGCCUGUGCAAGGACUGAUUCGUCACUUCAGACCUGAAAUCGAAGCUCGCAUCAAACAGAAGAAAGAGGCCGCAUCGUGUAAUUAAUAAUGUGUAGUGUGGCAGGAGAGUAUUUAAAAGAAAAUAAGAAAACAAUGAAAGAAACAUCAGUUAAUUUUUAGCAACCAGCAGGAAAAAAGGUGAACCAAUUGUAUAUUGGCAAGGAAAGAACUAAUUAAUUAAUUAAAAGGAUGGAGUAAAAAUGAUGGAGCUGGUUGGCUGGCUAGAAACUUUAUCAUUUUGUAUUUUUCAGUGUACAUACAUAUAUAUAAAAAGAAGAUAGACGCGAUAGUACGAAGUUUCUUAUGUAAGAUUCUUCCUGAUCCUCGUUUAAAUAUUAAAUCGGGGUCGGUCAAUAAAAAACGAAGGAAAACGCAA